UUGUCAACUUGCUGUGGAGUGAAUGUUGAGACAUGGGGUCCGAGUCUGUAAAGGUGGUGGUCAGGUGCAGGCCAUUGAAUGACAGGGAGAAGGCUCUCUGCUCUAAGGUGGUGCUGUCCAUGGACCUGCACCGCUGCCAGUGCUUCAUAGAGAAGCCCGGGGCGGUGGAUGAACCACCCAAGCAGUUCACCUUUGACGGGACCUACUUUGUUGAUCAAACCACUGAGCAGAUGUAUAAUGAGAUUGCCUAUCCUUUGGUUGAGGGUGUCACUGAGGGAUACAAUGGCACAAUUUUUGCCUAUGGACAAACUGGAAGCGGGAAGUCUUACACCAUGCAGGGGGUGCCUGAGCCUGCAUCCCAGAAGGGGGUUAUUCCACGAGCCUUCGAGCACAUCUUUGAGAGUAUCCAGUGUGCAGAAAAUACAAAAUUCCUAGUGAGGGCCUCCUACUUGGAGAUUUAUAAUGAAGAAAUCCGAGACCUUUUGGGAAGUGACACCAAACAGAGAUUGGAGCUGAAAGAGCAUCCAGAGCGCGGCGUGUAUGUGCGGUACCUCUCCAUGCACACUGUGCACAGUGUGGGGGAGUGCGAGAGAAUCAUAGAGCAAGGAUGGAAGAACAGGGCAGUGGGCUACACACUGAUGAACAAAGACUCCUCUCGCUCACACUCUAUCUUCAGCAUCCAUUUGGAGAUCUGCAACACAGAUGCAGAUGGCCAUGAUCAUCUCCGAGCAGGUAAACUCAACCUUGUUGACCUGGCAGGAAGCGAGCGUCAGUCUAAAACCGGUGCAACUGGUGAGCGACUCCGCGAGGCCACCAAGAUCAACCUGUCCCUGUCUGCCCUGGGGAACGUCAUCUCUGCCCUGGUGGACGGACGCUCCAAAUACAUCCCCUAUCGGGACUCCAAGCUCACCAGACUGCUGCAGGACUCUCUGGGAGGAAACACACGCACCUUGAUGAUCGCCUGUCUCUCCCCAGCAGACAAUAACUACGAGGAAACCCUGAGCACGCUGCGAUAUGCCAACCGAGCCAAGAGCAUCCAGAACAGGCCUCGCAUCAAUGAGGACCCCAAGGAUGCUCUGCUCCGAGAGUAUCAGGAGGAGAUUAAGAAUUUGCGAGCCCUGAUCUCAGGCCAGCUGGGCUCUGCUAACCUUGCAUCUCUGCUGGCUGGUCAGUUGUUUGAAGCAUCCCCAGCUGCUCCUUCAAGGCCGCAGUCUAGCACCACAGAAGCAGAGAAGGAGAAGAUUAAAGAGGAGUACGAACAGAGGCUGGCCAAAUUGCAGGCUGAGUACAAUGCGGAGCAGGAGUCCAAAGCAAAGCUGCAGGAGGAUAUUGCUGCACUGCGUUCCUCAUAUGAAUCCAAGCUGUUUGAUCUGGAGAAGGCACGAGCCAGCAGGGGGAGCUCUGUCCUAAAGAAUGGUAGUGGAAAAUCAACUGCCCACAACAAAGAAGCAUCAUCAGUGAGCUCUAGCUGUAGGACAGUCGCUGAGGAAGACAUCUGCCACAAAACUGGCCCUAUGUGCCGCAGUACUGGAGACACUUCCCUGAUCGAGGUGCUGGUGAGCCAGCCUGCUGUAGGCCUACCUCAUGCAGCAGUCAGUGUUCAGAAAGGUCCAAGCAGAGAGGGGUGCAUAGACUCACCUGACGGCACCACUGCAGGGCCUCUGGACCAACAACACGUCCUGGAGAGACUGCAGCAGCUGGAACAGGAGGUGGUGGGAGGAGAACAGGCCAGGAACAAAGAGUUACAGCAGAGACACCGGCAGAGGAAGAACCUCGCUGACCAGAGAAAAGUUAAUCUAAUCCGCGCUCUAUCAGAGAACAAUGAAGAGAGUGAAAAUGUUCUGUUGAAUGUCUACAACUCCAUCCAGGAGGAGGUCCAUGCCAAAAGCCAGAUGUUGGUCAAGGUCCAGGGCAAGCUGAAAGGAGCCAAACUGGAGAUCCGUGACCUGCAGGCAGAGUUCGAGGUGGAGAGGAAUGACUACCUGGCAACCAUCCGGCGGCUGGAGCGAGAGGGCCAGUUACUGCACAGCCUGCUCGAGCGCAUGGUGCCCCUGGUGCGCCGCGACUGCAACUACAGCAACCUGGACCGAUUGAAAAAAGAAGCUGUUUGGGACGAGGACAACGCAGCCUGGAAGCUGCCGGAUGUGAUGGUGCAGAAAACAACGUUGCCUUCAGCAGUGGCUCCAAAACUUUCAGCUCGCAGAGGUUCAUCUGUUGAUGUUGGGGAUGCAUACAUGGUGGAGGAGGACAGGUACAAGGAAAUGUUAGACCGCAGUGACAGUGAGAACAUUGCUAGCAGCUACUUCAAGUCAAAGAGAGCGAGCCAACUGCUGGGACUUGAAGCUACCAAAGGACACGCCAUCCACUCUCCUCCCCUGGUGAACGGGGCAGCCCACCUCACUGUGAGCGGUUCCACCAUGAACCAACCUGUGAGCUCGCGCCCCUUCCGCCUGGAGUCGUUGGAUUUCCCGGUGUCCAAUGGUAAGGUGAAGCGCAAAAAAAGCAAAUCUUACAUCCAUAAUGAGGGGAUUUGAAAAGACUGUGAAUUCCCUACAUGCCUUAACACAUCAUCACAUUGUCCGCUGCCUUUUGACUUUGAUCGCAUAGUGAAUAUUAAAUAUUGAAGUUUUGAUAACCACUGCUAACCAGAAAUGUAUAUAAUUAGCACUUUUUUUCAUGUGUUUUAAAUCUCAUUUUGAAUGCUCACUUUGAACAAAAUGCUACCUUAAGUAUGAUACUACCCUUGAAUUCUUUCCUAUACCUAAAAACAUGUGAUUUGUGCACUGUGAGACUCAAAGUCCAGCUACUGUAAUAUUUACCUUAUUAUGCAUCUUAAUGUUGCUGAUUGUAAACCAGAUUUUUAACCUGUUACUUUACUAACAUUUAAAACUCCACCGUUGCUGCUGAAUAGAGCAAAUAAAAUUAUUU